CUGACUGUGAACAAUACCCAGCCGCCUGCUGAUCUUUCUUUGUUGUAACUUCCCUGUGCCCCAGCAGAGCAUUGCCCCGAGGGGCCCUGGGGUGCUCCACACCUGGCCUCCCCUCCAGCUGGACGCAGCAAGAACCAUGAAUGCCUCCUUGUCCUUCUACCGCUGCCAGGCAUCUCGCUGGGUGGAAAAGGGCUCCUCGGCGACAAUGGGCGGCUUGCUCUUCAGUGCUGGACUGCUGGGCAACCUGCUGGCGCUGGUGCUGCUGGCACGAUCUGGCCUGGGGUCCUGCCGGCCGCGGCCACAGCGCCCUCUACCCUCGGUCUUCUACGUGCUAGUGUGCGGCUUGACGGUCACAGACUUGCUGGGCAAGUGUCUAAUCAGCCCGGUGGUUCUGGCUGCCUAUGCGCAAAACCGGAGCCUACAGGAACUGCUGCCUGCCGGGAGCAGUAAGUUAUGUCAAGCCUUCGCCUUCAUUAUGUCCUUCUUUGGACUAGCCUCGACGUUACAGCUGCUGGCUAUGGCGCUGGAGUGCUGGCUGUCUCUGGGACAUCCCUUCUUCUACCAAAGGCACAUUACCCUGCGCAGGGGAGUGCUGGUGGCUCCUAUUGUGGGAGCCUUCUGCUUGGCUUUCUGUGCACUCCCCUUCGCUGGCUUUGGGAAGUUCGUGCAGUACUGCCCAGGCACCUGGUGCUUCAUCCAGAUGGUCCAUGAGAAGCGCUCACUGUCGGUUCUCGGCUUCUCUGUGCUCUACUCCAGCCUCAUGGCGCUGCUGGUCCUGGCUACCGUGCUCUGCAACCUGGGUGCCAUGCACAACCUCUAUACCAUGCACAGGCGCCUGAGGCGCCACCCUCGCUGCUGCCUCAGGGACCACUCCCAGACAGGCUCAGGUCACAGGCAAGAGUCCCUGCAUCCCCUGGAGGAGCUGGACCACCUCCUGCUGCUGGCUCUGAUGACAGUGCUCUUCACUGUGUGUUCCCUGCCUUUUAUUUAUCGUGCUUACUAUGGAGCCUUCAAACGUGUUACCACAACUGAAGGAGACUCGGGAGAUCUCCAGGCCUUGCGGUUUCUGUCUGUGAUUUCAAUCGUGGACCCCUGGAUUUUCAUCAUUUUCAGGACGCCAGUAUUCCGGAUGUUAUUUCACAAGAUCUUCAUAAGACCUCUGGUUUUCAGAAACUGGCACAGCCAUUCCUACCAAUCUAAAACGGAAUCCACUUUGUGAGACCUGAGUGCUCUGGUAAGCUGAAAAUGUACCACACACUCAAAGAACCACGAUUAGAAAAUCCCUACAAUACAAUCUUUAAAGAUUACAUCCUCUGGGAGUGAAGAGAUGGCUUGGCACUUAAGAGCAUGCACUGCUCUUCCAGGAACCUGGGUUUGAGUCUCAGCGCCCAUUCAGGUGGUCCACAGCUGUCUGUAACUCCAGCUCUAGGGGAGUAGAUGACUCAGUCCUCCAUGGGCACCUGCAACUCAUGUGUACAAAACCGCACACAGACACACUUGAAAAUAAUCAAAAGUAGAUUUCAAAAUA